AUGGAUUGGGACAAUUGGAACGCUUUUGCAUGCAAAGUCAAUGAACAACCUCUCUGGGGAACCUCUGACAAACUUUUACAGUUAGGAGUUCGUAAUAUUGGGUACAAGUAUGUGAUUCUAGACGAUUGCUUUGCGGCAGGGCAGCCAAUGGCAGUUUGGUAGCAGACUCUGAAAAGUUUCCCAAUGGCAUGGGGCACGUUGCGAGUGAACUUCGCCGCAGAGAUUUACUCGCUGGUAUGUACUCUUCAGCCGGAGAGUACACCUGUGCUGGCUAUCCUGGCUCUUUGGACCAUGAAGACGCAGACGCUGCUAGUUUCGCCUACUGGGAAGUUGAUUACUUGAAACGAUAAUCGCUUCAACCGUGGCCAGUUCGGUACUCCGGAGACUUCAUUCAAGCGCUACAAGCCAAUGUCAGAUGCUUUGAACAAAACCGGGAGACCAAUCUUUUACUCACUGUGCAAUUGGGGUCAAGAUCUCACUUCCUAUUGGGGAUCAGCGAUCAGUAAUUCUUAGAGAAUUAGCGGUGACAUUACUCCUUCUUUUGACCGGCCAGACAGAAGAUGUCCUUGUGAUGAAGACGACUACGAUUGCAAACUACCGGGCUUUCACUGCUCUUUUAUGAAUAUACUUGGCAAAGCUACUCUCACGGGUCAAAACGCAGGUCCUGGCGGAUGGAGCGACUUGGAUUGCUUGGAGGUUGGUGUUGGAAGCCUGACAGACGAUGAGGAAGUCGCGCAUUUUUCUAUCUGGCCAAUUGUUGAGUCGCCGUCAACAGGUUGGAUUCUACAUCGUACUCAGUCUACGCCAACCCAGCUGUGAUUGCAAUUAAUCAAAAUCUCGCUGGAGUUCCUGCGACUAGAAUUUGCAGAAAACAAAAAUCUCAACUUGACGCUAAUGGAAGAGGAGAGGUCCAGCUAUGGGGCGGGCCACUCGACAAUGGUCACCAGGUAGUGGCUUUGCUUAACAAGCUUCCAUUUUCAUGACUAUGACAGCCAAAGAAGAAGACAUUUUUGUCGAUAGUGAUAAUGUCCCAUCAUCCCCAUGGAUUGCCUACGACGUGUGGGCUAACAGGUUGGAAAAUCGUACUGCAUCGAGUAUUGUUCAAGCGGGAAGUCUGGACUACAGCAAGUACUACAAUGCAACAGGAUUGCCUUACGCCAGUGGCAUAGCCAGUAACGACUCCCAUUUAUUUGGCCAGCCAGUCGCUAAUGUAUCUAUCGGGACCCCUCUUUCUGUCUAUGUACCAGCGCAUGGUGUUGCCCUUUACAGAUUGAAGAAAACUCGAAACCGUCAAGACGAAACUGAUUCGGUUGACUAA